AUGCCUUUGGAAGAUCAGUAUAGAUUGCACCCAUUUGCAAGUUUAUGCGGUUUACCAAUUGCCAAGUCAUCCCAAAGUCAGCUAUGGCCAAUAGUUGAAUCAGUACUUGGAUUUAAUAAUGUGUUUAUAAUAGGAAUUUAUCAUGGACAUUGA